AUGGCGGACGGCGACAAGGACAAGAAGGGGCCGGAGAAGCGGGGAGGGCCGGAGUGGAACGUGCGCAUCUCGUCCAACCCCAACCGGCUGCGCCGCGACACCGCCUUCCUCUGCAACAUCCGCUUCAAGAACGACCUGCCAGAGAUCCCCUGCGACCCCAAGCUGCUGCUGCCGCCAUACGAUCGGGACCAGCUGGCCGCCUUCAAGCUGACGGAGCUGGAGAGGGAUCUGAGGAAGGACCUGAUGUUUGAGGACGACCUGGGCAUCCCCAUCCACCCCUGGAACAUAGAGCAGUACAGCGUGCCGGAGGUCGUACCGCCGCUGCACCCAGACGACGCCGCACUGGUGGAGAGCGAUGAGGAGGCGGAACCCAAGAAGGCGCGACUGCGGGGCGACGCCGCCGAGCUCUCCUGGCUGCUGCGUACUAAGUACAUCGCGGCAGAGGCGGGCCUGAAGCGCGGCACAGGCGCCCCCGCCAAGGCCGCGGCGGCCGCGGCGACGGCGGCCGCGGCGGGGGCGGAGAACGAGGACCCCCGCGAGGAGCGCAUUCGCCAGAUCGAGGCGCAGUUUGUGGGGGCCAAGGCGCCGCUGGCGCACGGCAAGGAUCCGUCGGUGGUGCCGCUGGAAGUGAUGCCAGUCUUCCCCGACUCGCUGAUGGAGGGCCGCUCCUGCGUGUUGGCCACCUUUGACAACGAUCCGCUGGCCGACGUUGACGUUGUGGAGCGGAUGCCGGCAGAGCAGCGGGCGCGAGUGCCGCAGGCCAUGCAGCUCAAGUCGUUCAAGCCCGCCACCGGGCCCCAGUUUGUGGCACUGCUGGUGCCCAAGAAGCUGCCAGAGGCUGGCGACGACGAGCUGAGCGCCUCGGGCGGCAUCCCCGGCCCGCAGCUGGCCCGGGAGUAUCAUUGGGUGCGGGAGUACCAGCCCCACCCCCGCCUGGACGAGAAGUCCACCACCUACCUGUUCCGCUUUGCGGGGGACGGCACCGUUCAGUUCCACGACCUCAACACGCGGCUGGAGCUGCGCAAGCGCAAGCGCCAGGCGGCGGCGGGCGAGGAUGACGAGGGCUUCAUGCAGCCGGAGAUGGUGGUGGUGCGGGACCCAGAGACGGGGGACUGGGCGGAGCAGCGGGAGGCGCGGGAGCGGGCGCAAAAUGGCGCUGCCGCCAGCUCGGAAGAGUACGGGCAGCAGCAGCAGCAGGAGCAGCAGGAGCAGCAGCAGCAGGAGGAGGAGGAUGGGGGGGGAGGAGCCGGCGCUGGUGCUGGCGGCGGCGGCAGCGAUGCAGAGAUGGCAGAUGCGGGAGGGGACGGCCAGGGGGGUAGCAGGGAGCGGCAGGGGGAGGAGGAGUAUGGGGGCAGGGCGGAUGCCAACGCCGCGCUACGAGACGUGUUUGGGGAUGAUGACGAUGACAUCUAG